GCGAGGCGAGGCGAGGCGACGCGACGCGACGCGACGCGCUUCGCUUGAAGUGAGCGGCGAGUAUACGCACAAAAGCAAUAUGGUGACCGUCAGAGGAUAGUCGUGAGCGCACACGGGGGAUGUUCAAUAAUAUUUAUCGUCGUCGGCAACGUGCGUCGGUGAGCGCAAGUGAUGAACUUGACGUGACCGGGAGCCUCUUGCUAGGCUAAAGGAAUCCGGCCACCAUGUGCGAUGUGUGCGUCGAUUUUCACGAUCUUCUGCUCUCCUACGAUGAGCGCUCGUCGAAGGAACAAGAUGCGUUGGCGACGUUGUGCGCAGCAGACGUCGACACGACAAUGCAUUAUGUCAACCAGUGGAUGCAAAGACAAUGUAUGUGCUGUUAUCGUGAAAUUAAAAAUUUCGACCGAUUUAUAAGGCUAACUCAGAGCAUCGUGCUCUGCACGUUGCAACAGUUGCAAGCCAUACAGCAAAAUGAACAGCAGGGAGAUGCCGCUAAGGAGACGCUUAAGGAUGGGAAGGACGAGGAGGAGAGAAGUAACAAGCGAAAAUCCGGCGAUAGCGCAGAGCACGCACAAGUGGGAGCUCAGGCGAAACAGAUCUGGUCUCAGCACGAUAAAGAGAAAUUGUUUCUCCUUCUUUCUAAAAUUUUUUUACUCAACUUUCCCCUUUACAUCGCUAUGAAGCACGGCGGUGUCAUCAACCCGUUGGCUCCCGUGAAGGACGAAGGUGGUUACUGCGAGCCGCACGACCCCGAGGUACCGGCGCCUCUGAUUCGCGCGGUAUCUAUAUUUUGCCAUCAAGGAGGCUUUAAUUUGGUGUCUGCUUGCUUCGAUAUGGAAAACACACUGCCCGUUACCCUCGCGCAUUCUAUGGUCGCGGUUAUUUGUAAUCUGAAGCUUUGGUUAAACUAUGCCAGUGUCAUUCAGCUGUUCAUACCGUUACGCAGUCGUGUCAUGAAGUACAUGUGUCGCUUAGAGGAUAAGGAAUUGCGUACUCCAGCCGUUAGGACCAUGGCAGAUUUUAUGUGGAGCGCAGUGAAGGAUCCGAUAGACUCUGUAUUACCGAGCUUUGAUCGUGACGGGCUCGACUUGGCAUUUAAAUAUUUUACCAGUACAACUCUAACUAUGAGGCUGGCCGGCGUAGCUCAAAUAAACGCUCACAUCACCGCGUCUAAUGAACUCUGCAACAGCGAAACCGUCGCAGAGGUCGAACAAGUGGGGCACGCGCUUGCCGCUUGGCUGACCGAGAACAACAUCAUAGCUCAUAUAUUCGGACCAAACUUACACGUGGAGGUUAUCAAGCAGAGUCACAUUAUAUUAAGUUUCUUGGCUAUGGAAGGUAGAAUUACACCUUCGGACAUGGACACUAUGUGGCAAGCGGCGCAGUUGAAGCACUGCGGUCGUCCGGUUUACGAUCUACUGGCGCCAUUGGUUAAACAUCUGGCUCCUACUCCUGUGCUUCACUUGUAUUCUUUGCUAGGCAAAUUGGAACCUAAGGACCACACGGAGCAGAGCUUGUUCUUAGCGUCGGCUUUGAUCAAGUUUAUUUGGACGUCUGGUCGUUCAGCUUAUCCAAGGGGUCUGGUAAUGAAGAACAGAGAUAUUUUAAGGAAUACCGGAAACGGAAUCGGUGGAAGUAGCAGCAGCGAUCCAAGUGGCAUGGAUGGUAGCAGUCCAGAGGACGACGAAGAGGAGCCUAGUCCAACGCUGUCCGAUGGACCGUCACCUCGAAAGCAACUUAGAGGCUAUUGUAGCGAUGGUGAAGGAUAUUAUAAAGGAAAGAAUCUGACAACCACCGCCAUCGAGUCGAGUCUCAAUGAUAUCGAGGGCCUGAAUUCCGACAAGUUUGAAUGCAACAGAGAGUUGACCAAGGAUUCUUCGACGAAUGUUAUUAGAGAUGAGGUAAAGAGCAAGCAGAGCGGAUCUGACGCUGAGGCGGAUACGGAGAAGUCUAAUACGGAGGAGAUGUUUAUACACGAGAAGAAGAAACGAAAGAUUCUGCGCAAGCGAAAGAGACCACAGAAGCGCUCUUUGAGUACCGUUGAGAAAACCUUGGAAGAUAUCGUUGGACAAGAUGGUAACGUGAAAUCGAAAGAUUUGCUUACAGAUGGGAAAAACCGAACGGAAGAUAUGUUGAAUAGCAGUCUGGAUGCUUUGGCUUCCUUGGACGAGCCGAAGAGCGUUGACGCGUUGGAUCGUGUUAAGCAGCAGGCGAUGGCUUUGGAUCCGAACGAGCAACAAGUCCCAACCACGGCAGCUCUAUUGAGACGCAACAAAAAUAAAUAUAUGUCUAUAGUAGGAUAUAACGUGGAUCGAACAGCCGAUUCGGCGGAUAGUUCGCACGAUGAGGACGACAGUGAUGUAGCGGGUGUGCUUGCUGCCGCGGAUGGUCCUGGCGCGGUAAUAUCUGAACUUGCUGGCUUGGUGCACGCGUCUGGUCCUACAUUUUUGCCUUCGGGAUUAGACGAGAUGCUUUCCGACGAAGAGGGCUCGUACAGCAGCAGAAUAUCGAACAAGAGUGAAAAGAAUAUGGCCGAUUUUGAUGGCGAGGAGAGCGGCUGCGAAGAGGAGUUAGCUCAAUUAGCCGCGCGUCAUCUAACUGCUAUUCAAAUGCAGGCUUAUCACCCUCAUCACUCGCACUCGGCCAUGACGAUAAGAAGAUCGGUUUGUCAGCAGUCGCAGGUGCGAACCGCUCGGCAAACUGCCACGAGAUUAAGCUCCCAGUUCAAUUUGGACACAGUUUGCAAGCCGGGUAACACACUGCUUUGGGAUCUUCUUCAAGACGACAAGAUAGGUCAGUUGGGUGAGGGCCUGGCAUUAGAAGCGGAGAAGGCGUUGUGCAAUCUUCUGUGUUUCAACGUCGAUCGUUUGAUCCCGAUGAAGUUUAUAGAAGGAUGCUUGGAAAAUUUGGCGAUCAAUCGUUCUGUGGUUGUAUCCCUGAGAUUAUUGCCGAAAUUGCUCGCGAGCUUCCAACAAUUUGGCGCGAUGGACGCGCACACGAUUACGACCUGGGCAGACCGUGAGCGCGGCAUGAUGAAACACUUCUUUAACAAUCUCAAGACUUAUACCAGUACAGGACCGAAGAGCAAUUUAUAUUCGCAUCAAACCGAGAUACAAGUUAGAUUACAAUUUCUAUCGUCGAUCUUCUCGCCGCUAGGUUCGCCCGACUGCUUUCGCUUGAAUCUAGAACAAGUGGAUAUAUUGUGGCAAUGCCUGUCGCAGGAUUCGGUCUGCGCGGAUGAGCUUUUCAGUUGGUUGCUCAGCCAAGCAAAGUCCACGGAGCAGCAUGCAUUAGGAAUGGAUACGCUGAAACAUCUGUGUAUGCGCAAGUUACCAAGUCUACCACCGGAAACUAUCAGUAUGACGGGUCUGAAUCUGUUUCAGCAAUUGUGCAACUUGGCGCGUCUCGCCGCAGCGCACAUGGACAGACCGCUCAGGGAUAUUGAUUCAGUAGGCAUGGACUUCCUGUGGCGGAUCGCCCUGAAAGCGAAGAGCACGGACGUCAGUAUGGCAGCUAUACAAUAUCUGAACGGCUAUUACAUGUCACGACAGCUGACGCAGGAGGCCGAAUUUGUGUCGCAGUGUAUGACGCAUCUUGCCGCGGCCAGUGCUGAUCUUGAGACUAACGAGGAGGCCAGUCUGCGUUGUAUACAGCGUGCUUUGCUCCUGCUGAGGACCCAUCUGGAGGCUUUUCGGAAGCGCUAUGCUUAUCACUUGCGUCGUUGGGUACUGGAGGGCAGAAGUGCCGCGAGUCACGUAGCGAUGAACACAUCUGAGAAAGGCCAACAAUUAAGGAUCUUCGUGCAACCCGCUGGUAUACCGGAGAAGACUAGUUUCACUCUUCUCAACACUGACUAUGUGGCGGAUUUGCGGGCCGAGGUCGCUAAAUGGUGGGACGACACGCAGGACGCUCAAGAAAAGUCGGCUGUUUCCGCAAACGUCGCUCAAAAUGGUGGUUCGGUUUUAGGAUCGUUGCUCACCGACGGCCCCAUCAGGAUGAUCACCCAAGGUCAGGAAUUGACCAUCGAGUAUGACGAGAAAACCUUGCAGGAGAUGGGUUUUAAGGAUGGACAAUUAGUGUUUAUCUCACCUGGUGCCAGCAGAGGCAACGGUGGCCGUUGCAGCAAACGAGACAUGGACUCGCCAUCGUUGUUGCCGCCGCCGCCUAGAGAGUCCCUGCCUACGUUGUUGCUGCUUCGACCGCAGUAUUUUGAACAGCUGUUUACGCUCAUGAGAACGCUCAGCGCUAUGAGAACGACCGUAAAGGGUGGCCAAGAAAUACCGCAUACGAAGGCGCAGGUGCUCUCGAGGAGAGUUUGGGAUACGCUCACCUUGUUACCCACAAGUCCAACCUUGUUGCGAGGUUUCCAGAAACUCGGCGAGACCUCUCUCCAGGAAUUGCUCGAUCCGGCGAGUCCGCAGAAAUUGAUGUAUUCACUUUACAUAGUCGAGUCUCUGAGUCGGCGAGGUGCGACGAAUCAACCGUCGCCAAGUAAUUCCACCGUGUCGACGACGCACCACGAAGGCGGUGGCGAUGCCGACGAUAAUCACGACGAUAAGGAAAAAGAUGUCGCUUGGUCCACCCUGUUUGUGCAGUACGGUGGACUCCGACAUCUCUUUGACAUCUUUAUGUCGGGUUGCUUGGAACAGGGCGACGGUAGCGAGUGGCAGCAGGAUUGCCUUGCUAGUUUGCUGAAGCAACUUUGUCACCUCGGUGUCGUCAAAGAGGAGAAGAAACGUAACAAGGCGGACAAGCCGUUGCUGGUGCCCAGACUCAGCGAGGCGAUGCUGAGAAUGAUGAACGUUGACACAGUGAUGCCACGGAUAACGAGCAUUCUGAAUGACGCUUCGUUACCGCUCGAUCCAAAUCACUACAAAACGGGACUCUUUGGCCGGUCUCAGGUGAUACAUUACGCCAUGGCGCUGUUAGUCUGUUGGGUACACAGCAACCCGGCAGUCAGGCAAUAUCUGUUCUUGUCGUCCGAGCCGUUUGGAAAAACGUGGCUGCGCAGUCUGAUAUUGGAGGACCCUGAACCGGCGGUGAGACGUGAGGUGUGCACGGCCCUGUACAGACUAUGCUUAGGCAGUACUGGCGCGGAAGACGACAGUCCGGAUCAGAUGCCAGGACUGAUCGUGCCCAUGUUAAACACUUUACUGGAACAUCUUGUGAUCGCCGAGGCUAUGCAACCUUCUCAUCGCAAGCCAGAUCUACCGCUGCACCUGCAUACAGUUUUGGACGAGGGAAAGGAGCCCUACGGGCCAGCCUGCAAGGACUACUUUUGGCUGGUAUGUCGUCUAGUGGAUUCUCUGCCGGACGAGACGAUUCGGGAAAGUUCGGCAGAUGAUACUUCGGGUACAACGGUUGAUCUUGAGGCAUUGGCUAUUCGAGUAAUCGAUUCUGUGCUUAAUAGAGACCAUUUGGAGACGCGACACAACACGGUGGAGGAUGACGCUCUGGUCGGGUUGAUCAAUCUCACGUGUAACAUAAUGACGCACAAUCCACCGUGCAAGCAGGGCAAGAUUGGUCAAAACUUGUUAGAUCAGGUAUUUGACUUUCUGUUUGCUCUGCCCAGUCCGCGAAGCAAGCACGUACCCAAAUGUAAAAGUCAGGCGUCCAGAUCGGCGGCUUUCGAUCUCUUGGUCGAGCUGGUGAAAUCCGCACCCGACAAUUACAGGAUGCUGCACGAGAAGUUGCUCGCCCAGCACCGUCCUGGACCGCACUUCCCGUAUCCGUGGGACUACUGGCCCCACGAAGACGGACGUUCGGAUUGCGGCUACGUUGGUCUGACGAAUUUAGGCGCGACAUGUUACAUGGCUAGUUGUAUGCAGCAUUUGUACAUGAUGCCGCAGGCGCGCGUUUCUAUACUGGGCGCCGAUUGCAGUCGCGCGAACAAGCACCAGUCGACCUUGCAGGAGCUGCAGAGAAUGUUCGCUUAUUUGCUGGAGUCUGAGAGAAAAGCGUACAAUCCGAGGAGCUUUUGCCGUGUAUACACGAUGAACCAUGAGCCGCUCAACACCGGCGAGCAGAAAGAUAUGGCCGAAUUUUUCAUCGAUCUCGUCUCCAAGCUGGAGGAAAUGACAUCCGACCUGAAGACCCUGGUGAAAACGCUGUUCUGCGGCGUGAUAUCCAACAAUGUCGUUUCGCUCGAUUGCGAGCACGUCAGCAGAACCUUGGAGGAGUUCUAUACCGUUCGAUGUCAGGUGGCCGACAUGCGGAAUCUGUAUGAGAGUUUGGACGAGGUCACUGUCAAGGAUACGUUGGAGGGUGACAACAUGUAUACGUGCUCGCAGUGCGGCAAGAAGGCGCGCGCCGAGAAGCGGGCCUGCUUCAAGAAGCUGCCGCACAUAUUGUGUUUCAACACGAUGCGCUAUACCUUCAACAUGGGCACCAUGCUGAAGGAGAAAGUCAACACGCAUUUCAGCUUUCCGCUUAGACUAGACAUGUCCGGUUACGUUGAGAAGAAGCUCAUGCCGCAGCACUAUCAGGACGAGAAGAAAGCAGCGUCUGAGAAGAGAAAAUCGGAGAACGAUGGACAUACCAGGUUGCCGGUGGACGAUGCGGAGGAAGAGGAGCAUUAUCAGUACGAUUUGAUCGGCGUAACUGUUCACACAGGGACGGCAGACGGCGGGCAUUACUAUAGUUUCAUCCGGGAUCGCACCUCUCCUAACAAGGACAAAUGGUUCCUGUUCAAUGACGCUGAGGUUAAACCGUUCGACCCGAAUCAAAUCGCGGCUGAGUGUUUUGGCGGCGAGAUGACCAGCAAGACAUAUGACUCGGUGACGGACAAGUUUAUGGAUUUUAGUUUUGAAAAGACCAACUCGGCAUACAUGUUGUUUUACGAAUGGUGCGCCGACCCUGGUGAGCAAGUAAAGGAGGAAGAGGCGACUGUCUCAAGUCCAGCCACCGACAGUGCUGACGGUAAUACCGGACGAUCCUCGUCGUUCUCGCUGGCGCGAGCGAACAUGAACAAGUUGCCGCCAUUGGAACUCAACAAGGAGCUCGAGGACUGGAUUUGGCAGGACAAUAUGCACUUUCUACAAGACAAGAAUAUAUUCGAGCACACGUAUUUUGGAUUUAUGUGGCAGGUAUGUGGCUACAUACCUCAGACAUUACUCUCUGUGCAGCCAGAUAUCACGGAGAUGUCCGCGGAAUUGUCCACGUCCUUCUUCAUGGAGACGUUCAUACACGCCAAGGAGAAGCCGACGAUGGUGCAAUGGGUGGAAUUGUUAACGAAACAGUUUAACGGCUCGGCCGGUGCGUGCGCGAGAUUCCUCGAACGGAUGGCCAGCGACUCGUGGUGGCCUAUUCAGAUUCUAGUCAAGUGCCCUAAUCAGAUGGUCCGGCAGAUGUUUCAACGGCUAUGCAUUCAUGUGAUCCAAAGGUUGCGCGCUACACAAGCACCCCUGUACCUUCUCUGCGACGAGGAGAACGACGCCAACACCGUCGGCACCCGAUCCUGCGUCACACGUUUCGUUAGGAUGUUGCUGUCGCUCAUGGAACACGCCAAGCAACACCUUAAGCACCUUACCGAAUACUUUAGCUUCUUGUACGAGUUUAGCAAGAUGGGCGACGACGAGGCUGUUUUCCUGAUUAGAGUCCAGGCCAUCUCCACGAUGGUAAACUUUUAUCUCGGGCAUAAGACGCACGAGUUUGUCGAUGCGGUCAGCGAAGAGGAGGAAGAGGAAGAGAUUGUGACUGUGCCUUCGGAAAAGCUACGGCCCGCCUCGUUGGACAAGAUGAUCACGCUGAUAGCGUAUCUGGUCGAGCGUAGUAGAGGGCAAGAUCACAGACUGGCGUUGUCGCCGUCGGACCUAAGCGCCGUAGCCGGCGGCAAGGGCUUCCCUUUUCUGUACCAGCAGACGCGAGAUGUCAUUAAUCUCACUCAGACAAGAAACUUGAUUCAAUCGUUGUGCCGUUGGAACGACAGAUUGGCGAUACACAUCGUCACGAUGAUAUUUCAGGCCAUAAUGAAGCACACCGACGUGUGUCAGCCGUUCUUCAAGUUGUUAACGCUGUUGACAGAAAGUUCGGGGCUGAGCGGAUUGCCCUGCAUGACACAAUUGAUUCUCGGUAGGGUCUGGGAAGCAGCGAGAGUCGCUCCGCACGGUGCGCUCGAGUGGCUAGCUCUCGCAGUCACGAGAAGCAAACUGGCGCAUGCCUGGGUGCUGCAAGAGUUGAACACGUGGCUGCAACAUUACCUUCUCGAGCAUUCGAAUCAAAGAGUACGCUCGGCCGCCGCCUUCCUCUUGGUAUCGUUAGUCCCAUCCACACAUUUCAGACAGGGCUACCGUAGCGCUCAUCGUCUCGGUCUUGGCUGCAACGCAUCCAGAGAGCUUCAACUGUCGCCCGAGGCUACUUUAAUACUGCAUCAGAUAUAUACGGCACUCUUGAGACUGCUCCAACCUGCGCGACAUUACAUCGACAUACAGACUCACGGUACAAUGAAGCUCACUGCCUACUUUGCAUUGCUCACAUAUUGCGUAGUCUCUAAAACCGAAAAAUUAAUGUUUGGCCAAUAUCUUAACGAUCUAUGGACGCUUUUCCAUCCGAAACUUUCGGAACCAAGCAUUCCGGUGCAUCAUAAUAAGCAAGCGGUUCUUUUGUUCUGGUAUCAUGUCUGCUCCGAUUGUCCAGAGAACAUCGCUAUGAUACUUCACAAUCCGCACAUAACUAAAAAUAUAGCAUUUAAUUACAUACUAGCUGACCAUGAAGACCAGGAUGUCGUGUUGUUUAACAGAGUUAUGCUACCCGCGUAUUACGGUCUCUUGAGGCUGUGUUGUCAGCAAUCGCGUACUUUUACGAGACAAUUAGCCGCGCAUCAGAAUAUUCAGUGGGCUUUUAAAAACAUCACUCCUCAUCCUACUCAGUAUUCGACUGCAGUGGAUGAAUUAUUUAAGUUGAUGCAAUUGUUAGUCGCGAGGCAUUCUGAUCAAACGGAACAGGAAGAGGCAGAGAUCGCGUCGUUUCGAAGAGGCACACUAUCCUCUUAUUUACAAGGACUUGACGGUCGUUCGUGUUGGGCAACUCUUAUUUCUGCUUUUCGAAUUCUCAUCGAGUCGGACGACGAUCGUUUGUACGUAGUCUACAACGGUGGCUUAAGCAUGGCUCUCGAAGCGUUUCAUAUGUUACAUAUCAUGUAUCACGAAGCGACGGCGUGUCACGUUGCCGGCGAUCUUGCCGAGCUAAUCGCCAUUAUUGUCGAGCUCGUGCGAUGCGUUCGUACCGCGAGGGACGGGCCAGAUGCUAGAAACAUUCUGGCCAAUUGCAAGGAAUGGCCCGAUGCUCUGCGUAAACUAGCAACGUUACUCAACACGUACAAUCCACCGGACAUGAGAAAUUUGGCUAUAGACCUUUUGAAGGAGCUUGUCAUGCUCGUUCCUGCCGAAGCAAUAUUGAUCCUAGCGCCAUUGCUCUCACACUGCCAUGCAGCUCUUCAGGAGUCCCAUGCCGCUGUCCCGCCUGGGCCAUAUCUCCCGAGAAGAUCCACUCCGCCCGGAAAGAUGCCUACGAGACCCGCCAGACCAAUGGUCCAGAUGGCGGUGCCUCACUCUCAGUUGGAAGCAUCGAAGGGAGUAGACCCGGAGUACGACAGCGCUCUACUUGAAUUUUACUUACCUUACCACGAGCUGAUAGACGUAAUGUGCAGAUUAGCAAUUAAUAAUGAUUGUAUGACAGACUCGUUAGUGAAUUUGAGCGCGAUGCUUGGAUUUGAAGGUGUACCUUUGCACUUGGCUCUGUUUCCCAGGCUAUGGUUGGACGUGCACGCUGCUACGCACAUAGACAGAAAGCACAUCGCGUCUCUCCUUUGUUCUUCCUACACGGUGGAUUACGUGGACGCUGUGCUGCUGGACGAGAGGUCCUCGUUAGGAGUACCGGCGAUCCACGCUUUCCUCAAAACCUUCUUUCCGAAGCUGGCCAACCACGUGUUGACGGAGCAAACGUGUUUGCUCAUCGACAAUCUGGUCAGCUCGCUGACGACGAUGGUGGAGGCAGUAGACGUUGAGGCGUCGGCGCAUAGACUGACCGGUGACUUGCGCGCCUUGGCUCUUGUUUAUAGCAGUAGCACGAGAUUGAAACCGCCCUCUAGCCUGCUGCCGGGUCUAGAGACCCUGUUAUCGCGAACUCGGACUAUUACGGUGAAAGAGAGCCACUCGUCGCCGGAGAUGGAAACACCCUCGAAAAGGCGAAAGUUGUGCAGCGACAGCGAGCCGGCUGACGGCGAUCUGUGCGCGUCGAUCAAGGACAUCGAUACGGAGAACAACAUCUCCGAGACGGAGAUGGACAAGGCGGACGUGGCAAAUGAUACAAUGUCUUCCGAUUCCGGGGACGGUAAGGUCGCCGCCACUGCCAGGCACAAGCCGGGCAACGUUCAGGCGGAGGCUAUCGCCACCAGCAUUAGCGACGCUGUGUCGCCACCGAGCUUGGUCGCCACCGCCAACAGUUGUACAAAUCAGUUGCGUUGCUCGCUGACCAACGUCUCGUGGCUCGAGAUGCUGGAGAAGACCAUUGUCGACCUUCAGACGAUCGUGCAAGUGCAAAGCAAGAAUAAUUAAUCGCGCGUGAUUGGUGAAACGCAGGCGGAGUGCUCUCUAAAACAGCGUAACGGAAUUAACGACCAAUUCUACGAACUUGUAACUGCAUGUGAUCCUUUACGCCGACAGAAUUUAACGGUGUGUCUUUUGCGCUCCUUCGAAAUCGGAUAUAACUUAGUACAUAUUGUAUCGUAUGUAUGUAUGUCGAAGGCCGCGAUUUACUUUCCAAAUAUAGGAGAAUAAGAUAUUUUCGUUACUCAACACAAGUUACAUUCGAAUACAAAGUCGGGGAGUCGCCGUAUCGCCGUCGCGUAUCUGGACUGAAUAAUUUCCUCAUCUAAACGUUCGUUAGUGCUGUGAGAUAGAAUUACUCGUCUCUCCUGGCAGAAACACGACGCGCGCGCACUUUACGUAUAACAACAUUGUCAACCAUCCAGUAUUCGGGAAGCGCGAUUAUGUGGCUUUAUUAAAUCCUAAGAGUACCCUUAAAUACGCUGUGUAUCUCUCAGAAAAUUUUGUUGGCACUGCUCAUCAUUUCGACGAUUUCGCGCUAUACUUGUGUACGAAAGGAAUCACAGGGUUUUAAGAAAUUAUUAAAGUAAAGCAAAUGAAAGAGUACGUUCAAUGGCUGCUUGAAAUUUCCUCACGUGCUCGUUGCCGGUACACUCGCUCUUUUGUUCAUUUUUUAAUAUCUAACGAUGAGCUAGGCGUAUGUAUAUAUUGCGAUAAAUCAAUAUUUCAUGAAAUAUCAGUUUUAGACAGGAAUGUUUCCUCUCGACAAUGGCGGUAUAUCAAAAUUGAUACUUUAAACAUUAUUUUCUACAACUGAUAUUUUCCAAAAUAUUAAGCUGUCGUACUUUACGCGUCUUGUUCGAUAUCUUUCUGUUAUUCCUUAUUAAUAACGUAGCAGUUUCAAAGAAAAUCACUUCAUUAAGUCCGCAAUUUGUCAAUCCUCCAAGCUGUUUUGUUUCUGAUUUAAGUGGAAGUGUAUCCGUUUAUAUGCGCAAUCGAUUGUACAUGUUAGGAAAGAGAAGUAAACGAGAGAGUUUAUGAACGCAUA